AUGCUCGUCCGCCCUCAUGCGCCCCGAAUAGCAUCUUCUACCUUCGGCCACGCUCCCCCGAGAAUACCGCACGUCCCGAACGCCCUCCUCGCCCGACCUGGCUCACGCGACUACAGCGCGGAGCCCACGGCCUCGCACGAUGUAGCAGUUCUGGGUGGCGGUAUUACUGGCCUUGCCUGUGCCUACUAUCUAACCCGUGAGCUGCCGACUGCAAAGGUCACGAUCUACGAGGCAAAAGACCACAUUGGAGGAUGGCUACAGUCCAAGCGAGUCCCCGUUAAGGGCGGCUCUGUCCUCCUUGAAUCUGGCCCUCGUACCCUUCGUCCACAGUCCAAUGGGGUCCUGACGGCGAGUUUGAUUCAAGAGUUGGACUUGACAAAGGACACAAUCUUCACGCAAAAGCAGGCACCUGCGGCUCGCAAUCGCUAUGUCUACUAUCCCGACCACAUUGCCCGGAUGCCCCAUCCUUCGCAUGGCCUUUGGGAGAAUGUGAUGAAUUUGCUGAGAGAGCCUGUGUUUCAGGGUGCUUUGUGGGCUGGGGCUGCAGAGUUCUGGAAAGAUGCGCGGGAUCCUGGCGUGCAAGAUGAGAGCGUUGGAGACUUCUUUUCCAGGCGCUUCAGCAGCAAUUUGGUGGACAGGAUGCUGAGUGCCGUCAUGCACGGCAUAUACGCUGGGGAUGUGUAUAAGCUCUCUGCCAGAAGCCUCUUUCCAGGCGCCUGGCGAGAUGAGGGUCAGUACGGCAGCGUACUGCUGGGCAUGAUGAAGGCCGCAACCGAGGGUUUCGAGAUGACCAAACGUGAAGCCGAUUUCCUACAAGAGAUGAAAGGCUUCCCUUGGGACCCUCUGCUCAAGACUACACUGAGUGAUAACUCUGUCUUCACAUUCAAAGAUGGAUUGGGUAUGCUCACAGACAGGCUCUACUCGAAACUCUUUGAGACUGGUCGCGUGGAUUUCAAAUUCGGCACUCCUGUGAGCUCGGUUUCGCAGGCUGAGGGCAAUACGGGCGUCCAGUUGUCCUUCGGCGGAGCUUCGAACACGAGGAGACACUCUCAUGCUGUGUCUGCGCUCUCCCCCAAGCAGCUGAACAAGGCCACGCGACAACCGCAACGUUCACAGCUGAUCCCCGAGAUCCCCAGUGUGACAGUCAUGGUUGUCAAUCUUUAUUUCCGUUCGCCUGGCCUCCACGAGCCUGGGUUUGGAUACCUCAUCCCCCGAGCUACGCCUUUCGAAAACAAUCCAGAGCGUGCUCUCGGUGUAAUCUUCGACAACUCCUAUUCUCCAGGUCCGGACGAUGUCAAGGAACUUUACUCACAGGACUUGAACAUUGACGAAUUAAAAAAGCUGCGAGCAUCCGACAACCAGAUCAACAUCAACGGCUUCAGCUGGUACAACAUGCCAGACAAGCCGCACACACAAGAUCGCCUGUCUCAACCCCAAGGAACGAAGUUCACCGUGAUGCUCGGCGGGCAUUGGUGGGAUGAUUGGCCUGCGUACCCUGACGAAAAGGAGGGUUUGGCCAUGGCAAGAUCGCUACUCCAACGCCAUUUAGGUAUUACAGAGGAGCCGGAAGCAUGGCAGGUAACCCUGGGCAAGGAUUGUAUUCCUCAGUACACCGUAGGGCAUGAGCAGCGGUUGAAGCAAGCACACAACAGCAUCUGGGGAGAAUACAAGGGCCGCUUACGUGUCGCAGGCAACUGGAUGUCGGGCGUGGGUGUGAACGACUGCUUGCGUAGCGCUCGUGAUAUCGCAAAGAACUUCAAAAGAGAUGCGACCGGACUCGAGCAUGUGGGGGAAGUGCCCAAUGUUAGGCUCAAGCCUGUACGAGGUGGCCAAAAAGUAAGUGAUGAAGAAUAG